GCCUGACUCAGUGAACCGAGGAUAAUUUGACCGCGGCUUUGGGACAUGUCGCUUUCCCCGCAUAGCCGAAUGCACGGUAAGGGACAACGAAGACCGUAUGGCAGGUCGGUGUCAUGUAUAGAGAUACAUAUCUUUCGCAGCAAUGCUUUCAUGAGUGUCAGCUGCCAUGUAUGUGUAGUGGCCACCCUUUGACUCGAUUCCCCGUAUUACCACCAACAUGAACUUCGAGCUGCCAGCCGAAGUCCAAACGUACCUCUCCCGCCUUGAUGCAUUCAUAAACGACAAGAUCCUCCCGUUACAACACAAAGACGACAACAAUCGCUUCUUCGAUCAUCGCCGCGAGGCCUCUAGAACGCAAUGGGACAACCAGGGUCUCCCCACCGAAUCCUGGGAAGACCUCCUCCGUCAAGCUCGUAAACUCGCCGAUGAAGCAGGUUUCUACCGGUUCCCAUUUCCCAAGGAAUUUGGCGGAGCAGGCAGCACGUCGCAGAACCUGUACAUGUGCACCAUCCGGUAUCACCUGACCUCGCAUCCCGUGUACGGAGGCGGAUUAGGCCUUGCGAACGAUCUGCAGAAUGAGCACAGUGUCGUGGGCAACAACCCCAUUAUCAUCAUGCUCUACCAUUACGGCACACCCGAGCAGAAGAAGGAGUUCAUCCCAGCAAGUAUCCGCGGCGAUUUCAGAGUGACGUUCGGCCUGACAGAGAUCCAUCAUGGUUCGGACGCCACGCACAUGGACACGACUGCCACGCCGAUCACCUUACCGUCAGGUGAGUCCGGGUACGAGAUCAAUGGCAACAAGAAAUGGCAGACAGGCAUGCACAGUGCCACUCAUUGCUUGGUAUUUGCGCGUACUUCUGGCAAAGCGGGCUCGCCGAAGGGUAUCACUGCUUUUAUCGUGCCGCGCGACACACCUGGUCUGACGGUCGCUUCGUACGAGUGGACCCUCAAUAUGCCGACGGAUCACGCGACCAUUCUGUUCGAGAACGUCAGAGUCCCUGCUUCGGCGAUCUUGGGCCCCCCCGACAAUGGACUCGCAAUUGCCCAGACCUUCACGCACGAGAACCGCAUUCGGCAAGCCAGUUCCAGUUGUGGCGCGGCCCGGUAUUGUAUCGAUCGUAGUGUCGAAUAUGCAAAGAAACGGACUGUGUUCGGAAUACCUUUGUCCGCCAACCAGGCCAUACAGUGGCCGCUGGUGGAACUGUCGACGCAGGCUGAGAUGUUGCGGCUUCUGAUUCUGCGCACGGCCGUCGAAAUGGACCAAGUCUCGGCUGCUUGCAAGGCGGAUGGGAGGGCGCCCUGGGUUGCUAUCGAGAAACAGCUGGGCCAUAAGAUUAGUAUGUGCAAUUACUAUGCCAAUCGAUUGGUGACCGAGUCAGCGGAUCGAGCCAUCCAGGUACAUGGCGGUGAUGGCUAUUCGAGACAUUAUCCCUUUGAACAUAUCUGGAGGCAUUUUAGGCGGUACCGAAUCACCGAGGGGAGUGAGGAAGUGCAGAUCAGAAAAGUUGCGGCUUACCUGUUCGGAUACAAGACCACAGGCGAGGAAGGGGAGAAGAAAAGCACCGAGCAAGAACUCAAAAAGAGUGAAGCAAAGCUGUAGAGAAGGCGGCGUUUGUCCCUAAAAACUGUGCAGU